GCCGCCGCCGCUGCUCGGCCGGAGCCCCGCGCGGGCCUGGGCGCGGAGGCGGCGGCGGCGGCGCCGGGCGGCAGGUGCUGGAUUCGCGAGUCAGCAGAUGGGCUCCUGUCGGAGGAGGUCCAGGCGUUGAGGGAGGUGUGCCAGACCGCCAGCGCCGCCGCGGCCGCCGCCGAGCAGCGCUGCGGCGCGCCGCUGGCUCGCCUGGAGGCCGAGGUUGCGCUGCUGCAGGGGCGGGGCGCGAGGGUGGAGGAGGACUUGGCGGCGCUGUUCCGGGACCGCGAGGGUGCCGCGCAGGCCCUGGCGCGCGCCGCCCGUACAGCCGCGAGCCUGGAAGCGGCGGAGCGGCACUUGUCGGAGGAGAAG